CUUCAGAGUUUCCAUCUGCUAUUUGGACAGCCAUCUGACUGCUUCCAGAGCGUUUCUUCACAUCGCAGAUUCUGCCAUGGGUUGUGGGCUACGAAAGCUGGAAGAGUCUGAUGAUAGUAGCCCUGGCAAAAUAUUUUCUACUCUGAAGAGACCACAAGUAGAAACAAAGACUGAUGUUUCAUAUGAAUACCUUUUGCUGGAUUUUACUUUGGAUAUUGAUUCAUCAAAUCCAGAUGUUAUCAAGAUUCCCUCUCUUCUGGAUCUUAAUUACAAAUUGGAAGCAUACUAUAAGAGAGGAUAUGUUGUUGCCACUAUCCAUCCUACAAUACUUUCUGUGGGGCAAAGGAAACCAUCUCCACUGAGUUACAUUUAUAGAGUUAUACUAACUAAAAUAAGAUCCAGUAUAAAGAAGUCAGAACAAGGAGAACCAAGGCACUCCAAGCUAGUUGUUGAAGAAUGGUCUGUGAGCAAUCAAACACUUUCCAUUGAUGUUGUGAAAGGACUGUUAGACAAGGUGAAUGAUUUAACCAAGAAAGGAAUGAAGUUUGUAGGAUUUUUAAAUCCACUCAGUACCCAGUCAAAGGCCUGCAAUGGUACAAAAUUAUCAAGAGAACUAGUUGCAGAUUUGGGACAGGAUGUUGACUUUAAAUUGCCAGAUCAACGAAAGCAAAAUCCUGAUAACCAUAUAAAAUGCAGUGAGGAGAUUUUUAACAAAAAGCCAAUGGAAUUUGCAAUGGAAAAAGAACAUUCUUGCAAUAACGUCACUGAUGUUUUAGAGAAUGGGCCAGCUCCAGAGAAGGAUCUUUUGCAUGGAAGAGAGAAAAGGAUUGGAAAUGAAACCUGUCCUUGCAGUCAACCAAAGGAAGAUUUCAAACUAUUUGCUGUCUUCAAUGUGUCUAAUGAAGACUUCAGUGAACGGUCCUACCGUGAAGGCAAUAUAUCACUCAGAGUAGCAAGGAAGGGCCAAACCAUUUGUACCCUGGAAGCAGAUUGGUUGGAAAUCACAACAUCUUAUUAUAAAAGUGGAAUGUCAUUGGUUGAUUCAUUCGUAGUUUGGGAAACAAUGAAAGGAGACUAUUUGUCUAAGUCUGUGGAUGGAAUGUUUAUUUAUGAAGAACAUCAUUUGGGGUCUUUUGAGUCAAGCAAGAUACCAAAUGAUGCAAUUGUUGUUGAACAAUGGACUGUCAUUGAGGGUUAUGAAGUAAAGACAGACUAUGGUCCUUUGCUGCAUACACUGGCAGAGUUUGGGUGGCUGGUUACUUGCGUGCUAGCCACACCUAUUAUUCGCCAUGACAGUGAAGGGAAUUUAGCAACAAAACAAGUGAUAUUCUUGCAGAGACCUGCCAUAACCUACAAUGAUCUGCAUCUAGAAACAUUAGAGAAAAGAUCUACUCGGCAAGCAAAAGUCAGUGAAAGAACCAAAAAUUGGAACAGAAAUGUGGGUGUGACCACUGGUAAAAAUAAACAUUCAGAAACAAAGUCUCCUGAAGAUUCUUGUAUCACUUCAGGGACCAACUCACAUCAAUAUGGAGACAUUUCAGGCAUGAGCCGUACUGAUAGUAUUUUCAAAGACUUGGAUGAUGGGCAACUGGAUCAAGAGGAAGAAACACCUCAGGUUACCUGCAUAUAACAUUGCACAGUUCAGUUUUGUAUUGAAGACAACAGUAUAAAGAAAGAAAAGCAGAUUUUCUACAGUUUAACGUGAUUGGUAGUAACUAAUGUCUUUGCAAGAUGUGACUUUUGAUUUUGUUCUGUACGAAAGUG